UAGCAGUCUGUCUGAUCCACAAAAGUAUCUCUGCAUCUCUUGUGUGAGCCAGGUCGCAUGCAAGCAACAAAACACGCCCAUACUUGUCCAUAGAGUCUGCUGCGGCGAGUGCUUUCUGGGAGGCCAUCAUGGGGAAGCUGUUCAUGGUGCUGGAGAACCAGUACAACAAGCACAAGGUCCUCGAGCAAGAAAUCAGCUCCCUCCAGCAAGAGUUCCGCAUGAUUGCCGCCGUCAUGGACGACCAGCUCCUUUCUAUGGGCAGGAGCGAAGCACGCACAUCUGUUGCAUGGCUGCACAACGAGGAGAUGCUCGAUCUUGAGCAUGACAUUGAGGACUGCGUCGACCGUUUCAUGCACCUCCUCACCUGCAAGCAUCAUCGUGGUGGGGUGCGCCAGAUGGCACAUGAGGUAAAGAUCCGCUCGAGCUUCAGUGAAGAGAUCCAGAAGCUCAGGAGGCGCCUCAGUGAGGUGCGCCAGUGAGUCGUCAACAUCAAUUCACCUAUUGCCCGUCAAUCAGCCAGGUCAUCGUCAUCGACUCCGUAUCGUGCUGCGCACAGUCUGGUGGGCAUUAGGCAGCCCAUGGAGGAGCUCCUCUCGCUGCUAGAUGAAGUGGAGGGCGAGCCAAAGCAGUUGAGGGUGACCUCCAUCGUGGGGUUCAGUGGCUUGGGGAAGACCACCCUCGCCAAGGCGGUCUACGAUAGCCCUCAUGCAAAGGAUAAAUUCUGCCUCCGUGCGUGGAUCACCGCUGAUGGCUCACCGGAAACGAGCAAUUGGAUGAAGGAGAUCCUGCGCGGUGUACUCCAGCAAGUGCGUCCCGGCGAUGCCAUGGAUGUCGAUGGCCAGCAUCUUGAAGCCUCGCUCAAGGAGUACCUCAAGGACAAGAGGUAUUUAAUUAUCAUCGAUGACAUCAGGAUGGAUCAAUGGAGGAUCAUAAGUUCAGCCUUUGAAAAUAAUGGUACAGGCAGCAGGAUAUUACUUACCACAACUAUUCAGUCAGUAACUAAUAGGUGCAGCCAUGGCAAUGGUUAUGUGUAUCAAAUGAACACACUUGGUAAAGAAGACUCUGAGGAACUAGCUUUUUCAGUGCUUAGAUCACCUGAGUUGGAGAACCAUUCAGAAUCAUUACUAGGGAAAUGUGAUGGUCUUCCUCUUGCUCUGGUCAGUGUCUCUGAUUAUCUGAAGAGCUCAACUGAGGCAACGGGAGAGUUGUGUGCAAAGCUAUGCCGUGAUCUGGGUUCUCAUCUGACAGGAAACCAUGGCCAUGACAACUUUUCAGAACUCAGGAAGGUGCUUCUUGGCAACUAUGACAGUUUUUCCGGCUCUGCUCUGAGUUGCUUGCUGUAUCUUGGUAUAUUCCCAAACAAUCAUCCUCUCAGGAAGAAAGUUCUAAUCCGGCGGUGGUUAGCUGAAGGAAACGCAAGAAGUGAUGACCCUUGGCGCAGUGAAGAGGACACUGCAGAUGACAAUUUCAGUAACCUUAUUGACCAGAAUAUCAUUCAGCCAGUUGACACAAGAAACAAUUCUGAAGUGAAGACGUGCAAAACUCAUGGAAUUAUGCAUGAAUUUUUGCUGAACAGGUCCUUGGCCAAGAGAUUCAUCACGACAUCACCGCAUGAUCCAAGAGUUGGAAUCAAUACUACCAAUUCACGCCACCUUUCUGUUGAUGCUGCUAAACAGACAAAAUGCAUGGCAUCUGACGAGGAAUUAUCUCGAGUCCGAUCUCUGACAAUCUUUGGGGAUGCAGGUGAUGCAAUUUCUUAUCUUCACAAGUGCAAUCUGAUACGAGUCUUGGAUCUACAAGAAUGCAGUGAUUUGAACGAUAAUCAUCUGAAACGCAUAUGUGUACUGUCACCGUGGCAUCUGAAAUACCUGAACCUUGGGGGCAAUAUCAGUGAGCUUCCAAGGAGUAUUGAAGGGCUGCAUUGUUUAGAGACACUGGAUUUAAGGGAAACAGAGAUAAAGUUUUUGCCCAUUGAAGGUAUCAUGCUGCCCCACUUAGCUCACUUGUUUGGAAAGUUUAUGCUUCACAAAGAUGAUCUGAACAAUGUGAAGAAGAUAAGUAAACUAUUAAAAUUGUUUUCAUCAAAUAAAAGCAACUUGCAAACUUUAGCAGGAUUUAUCACUGACGGGAGGAAAGGAUUUCUUCAACUUAUUGGUCAUAUGAAAAAACUGAGGAAGGUUAAGAUAUGGUGCAGGCAUGUUGAAGGUAGCAGUAAUUACAUUGCUGAUCUUUCAAAGGCCAUUCAGGAAUUUACCAAGGCUCCCAUUGACAUGGACAGAGUCCGUUCUCUCUCAAUUGAUUCCGAAGAAUACUGUGAAAAAUUCCUAAGUUCACUUGAUUUGGAGCCAUGCUCUGAAUAUUCGAAAUACCAUCUAAGUUCACUAAAGAUACAUGGCAAGUUACUCCGGUUGCCUCCAUUUUUUAGUUCUUUGUCAGGUCUCAUUGAUCUGUGUAUUACACCAGCUACUCUGACACAAGAUCAUCUAUCAGCACUGAUAAAUCUGAACAGACUGCUGUACCUCAAACUGAUUGCUGACAAGCUCGAGAAUUUAGAGAUAAAACAUGAAGCACUACUGAGCCUGAGACGCCUGUGCUUUGUGGUGAAAAGUGUGGCGUUAGCGCAGCCAAAAAUCGAGCAAGGAGCUCUACCAAACCUUGUUUCACUUCAGCUGCUCUGUCAAGGACUAGUUGGUCUUUCCGGCAUCGAGAUCAGACACCUGAAAAAUCUCAAGGAAGUUACGAUUGACUCUGGAGUGACUGCGCAAACAAGGCAAGAUUGGGAACAAGCUGCAAAGAACCACCCUAACAGGCCUAGAGUUUUGUUGCUCGGAAAGGUUGAUCCAGUGGAAAGCGAGGAACCGGGAAGACCCUGUGCCAUAAGGGGGAGGGGGAAAAGUUCUAUAGGCCAAGAAAGUUCAGAAGAUGGUUCAGAUUCUAGCCUUAAGAGGAUGAGACUUGCAGAGCCUUCUUCUUCUUCGCAGCUUCAGGUGACCGGCCAUCCGCAUCCGGUGGUGGUAGCAGCCACCGAAGCAGCAUCCCAGCCUUCCAUGGCAAAUCUCUAGCACAUUUAUACAACUUAAGCAGACAGGCUGCAAUAAAGACUGUAAUAUUGACCUUUUGCAGAGUUAAAUGUAUCCUAUAUAUCGGGAUACCCAAAUUAUGAACC